AUGUCGAGUUCAAAGUUCACCGCGCCAUUGUGUGCUCAGGUUCACGAAGCUGAGGAUGGAAGAGUCAAACUCCCGGAAGAAGCUCCGCAAAUCCUAAGCAGAGUGUUCUUCUCCCUGUACACUGGCGACUACAAUGAGACCGUUUCAGAAAGUGUUCCUGAAUGUUUCCACAUACUGCUGCAGUAUCAUCCAGUCGAGAAGCCUACGCCUGACAACGAGAAAUGGUCGGGGUUCAUUGUCGAAAGCCUCAAGACCGACGCUCUUGUCUACAAGUGCGCGGACAUGCUUGGUGUUGAGGCGCUGAAGAAUCUAGCUGUGGAGAGGUUCUUGUUGCAGGCGCCCGCCGCGGUUUCCAUUGAUGGUUUCGAAGAAGCUCUGAGAGUCAUGUACGAGUCGACUGCCAGCAACGAUCAGAUGCUACGGAUCCCCGCUACCCGUGUCUGCAUCCAAAAGUACAGUCUUGUGGCCAAUCGCGAAGAGACGAUCAAGGUCAUACUGAAGCACGAGCCCGUUGUCUGGGAUGUGGCGACAUCGCUACUCGAAGAGUUUGCUGCUGAAAAGGCAAGCCUCUACGCAAAGUACACGAAAGAAAAAGCCAAGCUCGAGUUUCAACCAAACUUUUUCAGAGACGAGCUUGAAAAAGUCGUGGAUCAGAUGUCCGACCGGGACAAGGCCGCAGCGAAGCGUCGAAUUGCGAGACAUCAGGCCUACGCGCAGGCCUUACAUAGGUAG